AGAUAAAAUGAAAUUCCCUUUGCAUAAGGAGUGACAUUUGUGGGUAGUUUUGAAUGCCUUUUUCUGAUGAGAGAGAGAGGGGGGUGGUUUUUGGUUCACAGUAGAAUAAAGCUCUACCAAUUAACAUCCAUUUAAAAUCUGGCCCUCUGGCUAUAUGAGUUGCAUGAAACAAAACAUGCUGCCUUUCUGGUGUGAAAUGUGCAGCAGGUGGUCAGCACAGAGCUACUUGAAAACCAAAAGCAUUUUGAAGCAGGUCUAGAACAGCUGGAUAAGACACCUUUUCAGUAGAGAAGCCGGCUUCCAAGAAUGUUACUUCUUAGAAGGAUUUGCAAGAUUUAAGCCUCCUCAGCUGUUCUGCCAAGGAAUUAGGAUUGAGGGGUUUGCUUUGCCUCUAUUCACAAGGUUUGUUCACCUUGGCAUGUAACAUAAUUUGGGGUUGAUUGCAAAAAAUAUUGGGAGCAGAGCUAGGAAAAGCUUUUAAGUAGCAAUUUCCGUUAGCGAUUUGAGCCUGAGGCUGUUCCAGCCGAGCUUGUUUGUUUUAACUCGGUUUGCUCCUUGGAGGGCUCUGUUUCCCUGCAUUUGUCAGCCACGCCUCCUGUCCUACUCCCCUCCGCUUUCCAUAUGCCCCUGUGGUACCUUCUCAAGUAACAGAAGUGGACUAGGGCUGCUUUGCUCUGAGGGGCAGAAAGAGAAAAAGGAACUUCUUGCUGGAAAGGAGGCAUCAGUGCCCAUGCAGGCAGGGGUGCCAGGGAUGGCAGAUCAAAGGGCUAUUUUAGCUGCCAAGCACGGAGACUUGGCUGCCUUGGAGCAGCUCCAUGCAAACAGUGCACUGGGGUGGGAUAUUGCUGACUCCUCAGGAGCAGGUCUGGUCCAUCAUGCUUCCCGAGCUGGCAGUCUGGAGUGCCUCAAGUUCCUGGUGCUACAAGCCAAGCUUCCAGGGAACCAGAGAGCCAACAACGGGGCAACACCAGCCCAUGAUGCGGCAGCCAUGGGGAACUUGGCAGAGCUGCAGUGGUUGAUCAGGGACGGGGGCUACAACCUACAGGAACGGGAUGCCUCGGGGGCCUCUCCACUGCAUGUGGCUGCUCGUUUUGGGCAUGCCGAGGUCGUGCAGUGGCUGCUCCAGGCAGGCUAUGACACUGCAAUGGAGACGUGUGAGGGGGCAGUUCCAGCACAUUACGCCGCAGCCCGAGGGGACCUGACCUGCCUGAAGCUGCUGGUGGCUGCAGACCACAGCUGUGUGAACAAGCAGACGCAGAGUGGAUGCUCGCCCCUGUACCUUGCCUGCCAGGAGGGACACCUGCACAUUGCCCAGUUCCUGGUGAAGGACUGUGUGGCCAACGUGCACCUCAGCGCACACGAUGGCAUGAGUGUGCUGCACGCUGCGGCCUGGGGUGGCCACUACCCCUUGGUGGUCUGGCUGGUAAUCCUGCUAUGGGUAGCUUUCACAGACAUCAACCUCGCUGCACAGGAUGAGGAGGGAGCCACUGCCCUGCACUUUGCAGCCAGGGGAGGUCACGCUGCCAUUGUGGACAGGCUCCUCCUGAUGGGGGCUGUGAUAAUGAGGGACCACUGGGGAGGGACCCCCCUGCAUGAUGCAGCUGAGAAUGGGCAGCUGGAGUGCUGCUGGAAUUUGGUUUCCCAUGGCAUAGACCCAGGUCUCCGAGAUGAGGAUGGUUACACCGCGAUGGACCUAGCGGAAUACAAUGGACACAGACAGUGUGCUCAGUACCUGCAGGAGGUGGAGAAGCUGUCUGGUCAACAGAGAGAUUCUAGCAACCAGGAGGGUCAAAAGGCCAAUGUCACAGUAACAAAAAGCCAAUGCAUGGGUGAGUACCACAGGCUGCAUGACCACCUGGACUGCCUUGGGACAUCAAGUGAUGCCACCACAAGGAUGGAGAAUGCCAAGACUCAAGCGCCAAUGAAUUCUCUGCAACUUGAGGUAAGUGAUUCACCACACCCAAAGAAAGAAGGAAUUAUCCACACACACCCCAGCAAUACCACUGCAAAUUCCUUUGACAUGGUACUCCCCACUGAAUCCAGCAAGCCGCUGACAGCUGAGCUGAAGAUCAGCAAGUCCCUGCAGAAGGCCAGGAUCACGGCAAUGUUCACACAUGCUGCUGAGAAGAAGGAGCCAACAGAUCCUGCAUGGAAUAGCUUCACCUUCCCGGUACUGGAUGAGCUGCACCCUUUAGACAUUGAUGCCCUGGUCCCUACCCAUGAUGAACGAGGCCACCCGAUCCCAGAGUGGAAGCGGCAGGUGAUGGUGAGGAAGCUGCAGGCUCGGCUGCAGUCUGAAGAGGAUGUGGGCAGGAAGAGCACUGAGGAUGGCUCAGCAGAGCUGAGGGAUUGGAGGUACUCUCAGACUCACAAUGCUAUCCUGGGCCCCUAUGGAGAGCUGCUGACUGAGGAUGACGUGCUUUACCUGGAGAGGCAAAUUGAGAACCUGCAGCUGAGAAAGAAGUGCCAGGAAUAUGAGAGUGAGCUGGGGCGCUUAGCAGAGGAGCUGCAGACCAUCCUGCCUGCCCCCAUUGUCAACAUCACCAUCAACAGCCAGCUCCUGCAGCAGGGGCCAGAGCGGGGUGACCAGACCCUGCCGGUCUGGUGCAGUCGCAUCUCUGGUGUAGUGAAGAGCAUGUCUUUGCUGCUGGCCAACGUAAAUGAUGGCAAGAGGAAGGAAAGAGAGAGGCCAGCCCCAAAAACACAGUCAGAGCCCAGUGAGGUGAGGGGCCCUGCAGGAGGCACUGCAGAGAGAGAGAUCCUGGAGUGUGGUGUCUCUGUUAAGGACUUGAGGGGUAACUUUGAGAAGCAGGCUUUCCCAGGACAAAAAAUGCCUUUGGAGCUCCAAGGUGGGAAGGGGACACCCAGGGAAUGCUCUGGAGGAUACCUAGGUCCUUCCCAAAAGCCCUGGAGCACAAGUAAGAGCCAGAGAAAACCUGUGUGUGAAGACCACGAGUGUGGUGAUGUGGAGAUUGCCAGUGACUCGGGGAUCAGCUGUGAAGAGGCUUCCUCAGAUGCAAGCGGGUCUCCUAUCCCAGCCACAGAGGCAGUCAGUCUCAGAAAAGAACGGAUAGUCAUGCUUUUUCUGAGCCACUGGAAGAAAUCUGCUUACAUGCCUUCCCUGAAAACCAUGGCCAGGAAAACUCUGGAGGCUCAAAGGGGCAGGAGGAAGGGAGGGGAGGAGGCUUCUGAGAAAGCCAGAGAAGAGCGGGUUCCCGUGGAGAAGCCCAUGGUGGAAAUGAGCAAACUGAGCCAUUUAAUUCAGCAGAGGAACACUAUCAAGAACCUGAUCUGCAACUGGAAGGACCUCAUCUCUCAUGUCCCAUCGCGGCAGAUCCAGCGCCUGAACCGCCGGCACAUCACCUAUUCUCCCGAGCAGUUCCUGCCCCAUGUCAAUGGGGCCCCUGUUGACUAUGACAGCCUAACCCUUGAUCUUUUCAUGCUUGGCUACUUCCAUAUCCUGGAGCUGGACCUUCCCCCCAAUGAGCGCAGGGCGAGGCAUCUCCUCUGCUUUGAAGUCUUCGACCACUUGGGCAGACACAGCUGGGAGACUGUGCGUGCCUUCCACAAGGCAGUAGUUGAUGAGGUAACUGCAGGCAGGCGGGGGUGGAAAGACAGCUUGGAGGAUGUGAAGAUUCAUUUUUUUGGCCACACAAAGGAUCUGAAAAGGGAGAUGGAACCAAGCAGAGCCUCAGCAGAUACCGCACUAAAGCCAAUAUCCAGAGUCAAGGUCCAAAGUGCUGCUCUCGAGCAGGGACAGCAUAUUCCAGGCAACUGCACGGAGCUUGGUAGCUUCAACAAUGAGGAAAUCUGCAGAUACAUUGACCGGAGCUUCACCUUCUGGAAGGAAAAGGAAGCUGAGAUCUUCAGCUUCGCGGACUGAAGUCUGGAGCCAUGGUGGAAUGGUAGCCCCUGGUAUGACAUGAAUGAGAGUCAGGAAGCUGAGUUGUUUUGGGGGACACUGCUGGCUCUGUGGCAGCAUGUUUGAUUCCCCAGCUACUGCUACAAGCAAGUGUGGAAGGACUCAGGGGAAAUUCAUUCCACUGCAGCUUGGUGGAGCAGAGAGAUUGACCUAUAAGGAGAUCCUCAAAGGCACAAAUGGCACCUGGGCACCCAGCCCCUAGUGCCUGUAAAUAGGGUACAGGUGUCAAGCUGUCCCUUGUGCUCCUGACAUCUCCUCCUGGCCUCACAUCACCUUCUCCCUAUUUUCACCCUUUAAAGUGGUUUUUGAGCAAGCUGCUGUGUCCUCAGGACAACAGAUUGUUGGUGCUCUCUUUCCCUCUCCAACCUUGCCCAGCCCUUCUCAUGAGCAUAUACAGAAAAAAAACCCCAGGGUCUGGCUUAAAGAUACUGAAGGACCCUUGAGGAUUCAUGCUAGUGAUGCCAGCCAAGGAUAUGACCAGCAGUAGGAGGUGCAGAACUGCCACGGGCACCCCAGGAACUUCAGGACUAUGUCCACAUGGUGAACUUGCUGUCCCUAGUGAUGGCCAUUUCACAUCUACUGCACUGUUCCUGGCAGGACACCUCCUGAAGGGAAGCAGUGACAGAGCUGGUUAUCUGGUCCCUAAGCUACUUAGCUCAUCUGUGAUGCCCCAGCUCUGUUGCUUCCAGUUUGGAAGGCAGCCUGUCCAUAGCAGCACUGCCAAGGUUUAGCCCACUACAUUGCCAUAGCUCAGGACUCUUCUUCAGGGUAGGUGGCUUAAAGGGUGAGUGCUCUGAACAAACCACCUUGGUCAUCUCCUGGCCAAUCCACAGACAGACCAUGAAUAAGAAUCUGAGCAAAAGAACAAGGUGAUGAAAGCCCCCAGGAGAAGAACACUGGGUAUUAAAGCUGAGCAGUGCACUGGGAUCAGGCAAGUCCCAGUUGAGGGGGGGGGGGGUGAGGAGCACUACAUGUUCUUUAGGGCUUUGGGGGCAGGAAUCCCUUGGGUUAUGUCUGAGGUGUCCUUGGAGCGUCUGUGCUGGGCUCCAGAGGGAACUGCAUCUCCUUGUAGCAACUAGAAAGAGUGUUAUCUUGACAACGGGCUUGAGGGGGCAGAUGGCAGCUCGCAAGGCUGGCAGCAGAUAAUAAUUUUCAUGGUGAAGGUGUUACACAAUUGGUUGUGAACAAUCACAGUUAUUGAUCCCACUUCUUGUCUUCUUGCACUUAUGUGUGACUCCGUUCACUUUAGAUCAUUCCUGGUUGACAUGUGCACGAGGAAAUAAAAUUAUGUCAAAUUCAUAAGAUCGUCAGAAAGUAGGGCUGGAAAGGACCUCAUGAGAUCUUCAUCUAGGCCAACUGCCUACUUAAGGCAAAAUCAUCCCUGGCUAUAUCAUCCCAGCCAAAUGUCUGUUCAACCUUCUCUUGAAAAUUUCUAGGGAUGGAGAUUCCACAGCUUCUCUAGGCAGCCUGUUCCAAUGUUUGACCAACUCCAUAAUCAGAAAGUGCCUCCUAAUCUCCAACCUGAAUUUCUUCUGCUGAAACUUGAUGUUGUUACUCCUAGUCCUGUCCCCUGUGGUCCCAAAGAAAAGCCCCACAGAGAAAAUUUAUGUCACCAGGAAUAAUUCUUGAUCUGUAGAGACAGUUGGUCCUCCCUACAUGGGUUUGCCUCCAUGCCCUGUGUGAUUUGGGUUUCUCUAUCAAAAGUCUCAGAUGAUCACCUGGUGUCCAUUGACAUUUAAAAGUAGGUACAUAUUGAACAAGAAAUACCACUGAUCUACUCAGUUUCUCCAAAUGGAAAGCUAACUCAUUGUACGUUGUCUGCUGCGGUUAGGUUAAAUAGUUUGAUAUCCCAUUAUAUAGUUUGUUUAUUUAAAAUGUUCAUAGUUUUCCAUUGUUUUGAUUUUGCAAUGUAGAAAUGUGGUACUGUUUUUCAGAUGGGCUGUGGAUUUAAUAAAAUCUGUACUGUCCCA